AUGAAAUAUUUGGAUACAAAUCAAACAACUCAAUAUAAUUCAAAGCUUUUUACUAAUAUUGAAAAGAUUAAAAAUGGAAUGGGCGCUGAAUUUAUGGUAGUAAUUGGACUUAUUUUAGUUCUGAUAUUCAGUAUAAUUAUAUCUUUUAUUCUCAAUUGGAAAUUAUCUUUAAUUAUGUCUUGUAUAAUUCCAAUUGUUAUUGGUAGUUCAUUGUUAUUUGCUAAACUCAUCACAAAAGAAACAGAAGAACAAUUAAAUUCAUAUUCAAAAGCUGGACAAAUUGCUCAAGAAGUAUUUAGUUCAUUAAGAACUGUUCUUUCAUUCAAUGGAAGUAAAUGUCAACAAAAACAAUAUGAAAAAGAAUCGAAAUUAAAUGAAUGGUGUACUGUGAGGAAAGAUGCUGCAUUUGGUGCUUUUUUUGGUUGGUUAAUUUUUAUAAACUUCGUAGUUUAUUCAAUUGGUUUUACUUUUGGUUCCAUUCUCAUGUCUUAUGGAACUCAUCAUAGAUUAACCAUCAGUGAUAUUCUUAUCGUUGUAAAUAUGUUUGCACAAGCUUUAAGUCUUCUCAUUUCAAUUGGUCCUCUCUUCCAAUCAAUUUCGGAAGCUCAAAGUGCAGCAGUAUCUGUAUUUCGACUUAUUGAUGAAGUACAUGAUGAAAAUUUAAAUGAAAAAGAAAUAUUAGAAGAGAAAAUAUCUGAUGAAAAAUUAAUUUCUAAUAUUAAUGGUGAUAUUGAAUUUGAUAAUGUUACUUUUUCUUAUACAUCGAGAGAAAAUGUAACAACUUUGAAUAAUCUUAAAUUAAUUGCUCGUGUUAAUCAAACAAUUGCUCUUGUAGGUUCAAGUGGUUGUGGUAAAUCUUCUUUUUUUCUUUGGAAUAAAUAUAAUCGUUUUAAUAUUGAAAUUUAUUAUAAUAUGAAAAAAAUCAUGAUUGAUGGUCAAUCAAUUACAGAUUAUAAAAUCAAACAAUUUAGACAAAAUAUUGGAGUUGUUAGUCAAGAACAUAUUUUAUUUGGAAUAAGUAUUUAUGAAAAUAUUCGUUUUGGUAAAUUAAAUGCAACACGUACAGAAAUUGAACAAGCAGCAGAACAAGCCAAUGCACAUAAAUUUAUUAUGAAAUUACCAAAUAAAUAUGAAACAAUUGUUGGUGAACGUGGAAUACAAUUGAGCGGUGGGGAAAAACAACGUAUUGCAUUAGCUCGUGCACCUGUUAAACAACCCAAUAUUCUUUUAUUCGAUGAAGCAACAAGUGCACUUGAUAAUGUUAGUGAAAAAAUUGUUCAAGAAGCACUUGAUCGAGCAUGUAAAAAUCGGACAACAAUAGUUAUUGCUCAUCGUUUAACAACGAUUCAAAAUGCUGAUUAUAUCUAUGUAUUAGAUAAAGCAAAUUUUGUGACUUUUGGAAUUGCAGGUGCAAAAUUCGUUAGUCAAAUUCGUUCAAAAGCUUUCGGAUGUUUUCUUCGUCAAGAAGUUGCUUAUCUUGAUCGAUCUGAAAAUAGUCCUGGUGCAAUAUGUAAUCAACUUUCUUCUAAUGCAGCUGCUAUUGAAGAUAUGGUUGGUACAAGAUUAUGUGUUAUUUGUCAAGCUUUAGCUAUGUCUGUUUUUGGCCUUUCUGUUGAAGUUAUUAAUAAUAUGCGUACAGUAAAACAAUUAUCAAUGGAAAAUGAAGUUUUACAACAAUAUUCGAAUAUGAUUGAUUAA